CACACGGAGCGCGUGGCGGACUCGUCGGUGGACACCCUCGUGACGACCACCGUGGCCCUGGUGCUGGCGCUGCUGGUGCUCGCCUACCUGUACCUGUGCUGCCACGUGUGGGGCCUCCACCUGCGCCUGCUCGCGCUCGUCAAGUGCGUCGGCAGGAGAAGGGACCAUGCAAGCCCGCGGUCGCAUCACCACGCCCACCGCUUCCCCGGCGGGCGGCCCUCCAUCUCCCUGCCCGUGCCGAGCGCCCACCACCGCCUCUCCGUCGAGACGCCGCCGCCCCGCUACUCGCUCGUCAACGGCUCCCUCCCCUCCUACAGCUGCGCCAUGCUGCGCACGAUGGCGGUGGUGGGCAGCCCCCUGCAGUUCCGCAUCCUGGUGCGCGUGGGCGCCAGCGACCUCUGCGGCCUCACGGUCCCGUCGCCGAGAGGGUCGCGGCCCAAGGACGCCCACGCGUUCUCGACGAAGCUGCCUUUCGUCCCGCAAUUCGACGCGGCGUCGCUCGGGCCGUCGACGUCUUCGCCCGAGGCCGCCGUGUCCUUCGCCGAGUCGGACGACCACUGCUGCAUCGACCUCAACAACAACAUCCCGCUCGCCAGCCUCCACCCCGACGCCCUCUCCUCCUCCGGCGAGAGCGACGCGUCCUCCGGAGGCGACCCUGAGGGGAGCGUGGCGGACCGCUCAGGGACGUCUGGAGGCGCCCUGGGCGACGGACGUGGCCAGCAGGAGGUCAUCAAACCCGAAGUGCCCGACAAGUUCGUGAAGGUGCUGGUGCAGCGAGAGGGUCAGGAGGCCCAGCACUGCGUGUACGCCAGACGGACCUCUCCAUCGUGCUACGAGGCCAGGUGGACCAUGAAGCCAGAGGACCUCACCGCCAACUACACUUUCCAGGUGUACUUGGAGGAGAAGCAGGAGGCCGACGUGUACCUGGAAAUGCUCAACGCCGACGGUCUCAUCGUGGCCGUGGACCAGCUGUCACCCGUCCCCUCGACACGCCCGCCGGCCUAUCUCACGCCCGCGCCGGCAUACACGUCCCCCGUGAUGGCAUGAUAUACCUAUUGUGGUGCUGUUUACGUGUGGGUGCGUAGUAUUAUGUAACAGGUUAUAGUAUAUAUUCUAUUUAUUUGUUUUAUUAAGCUGUUGACUCUUAAAUAUAGAUGGCAGAUACUCA